AUGGACACGCCGACCGACAACACUUCCAUGCAAGGAACCAUGGCGCUUGUGGUUGCCUCCGACUCAGCCGUCGAAAACGCUCCGCCUCCCAUAGUCGCGGCCUCGGCCAAACUCGAGAAUCGCCUUGACUUGUUAGGUGGUCAAGGCGCAAAGACCCAAUCGUUUGCUAGUCGCCAUCGAGAAGGUUUGGCCGCGGUAAGGACAUUGCGGACACCAAACACUACAGACGCCAGGGGCAUGUCGGCCGUCCACACCGGCAUGGGUAGAAGCGCCAGGCAUUUUCGGUUAACUAUUCCGAACGGUGCUGGGCCACGGUCCGUCAGGAGCGACGGCAGCCGGCUCAAACUUGCGACUGCGAGCUAAAUUCCUGCUAGAUUUCAC